UGUUUUGGGGAAUAAAACAAAUGAAAUUCCAUUAAUAAACACAUUAACAGAACACUGUAGUUGCAGACUAAAUUGAGUAGAUCUCCCACACUUUUAUUAGGCCAUAACCCAUCUCUCACACUCUUCUAAUCUUCUUCACUGUCUUUUCCUUUUCCCCAUUCAAACCAGAACGCGCAAACCAGCUGUCUCUCCCUGUUUUUCAAUUCCACAUCUUUCUUUCUUUCUGCUACUACCACUGUUUGUACGGCCACUGUCGCAUCUAUGGCGAUGACCCAGAGCUCGGCGGGGGCUUGUAGCCCGGUGGUCUUGAAGACGGGCCUCACCGUCAUCGCUCUCUGCAUUGCCGGCUACAUUCUUGGCCCCCCUCUUUACUGGCAUUUCAUGGAGGGUUUGGCCGCUGUUAGCCAAUCUUCUUCCUCUUCUACUUGCCCCCCUUGUGUCUGCGAUUGCUCUUCUCAGCCUCUCCUUUCCAUCCCCAUCGGACUGAGCAACACUUCCUUUACAGAUUGUGCAAAACGUGACCCAGAGGUGAGUGAAGACACUGAGAAGAACUUUGCUGACUUACUGGCAGAGGAACUGAAGCUAAGGGAAGCCGAAUCUUUGGAACAUCAGCGACGGGCAGACAUGGCUCUGCUUGAGGCUAAGAAGGUGACUUCCCAGUAUCAGAAGGAAGCAGACAAGUGCACUUCCGGGAUGGAAACAUGUGAAGAAGCAAGGGAGAAAGCUGAAGCAGCAUUAACUGCCCAGAAGAGACUAACAGCAAUGUGGGAGCAGAGAGCUCGUCAGAGAGGAUGGAAAGAAGGGAUGGCCAAGUCUCGUGCUCAGGCACAAGGAAAUGUCCAGACAGCAUAGAAGAAGCACCAUAUGACAUUGUGUGGAACAACAGCCCAAGGCUGCGUUCACAAGGAGAUUGCCUCCACUGGUACUACUUUUCACCUUCAAAGGGAGUUGUAUUAUUAAUCCAAUAUGCUAUAUUUACAAACUUAUAAAUAUAUGUUAUCACCAUCUCAAGCCAAAAUAUAGAAACCUUGUAGUCAUCUAUCACCUUCUAAAAGCAAUCAAUUUUUUUUUUUUG